CUAAAAUUCAUAACGCGUAACAAAUUAAAAAGCGAAUCUGCUCGUGAGUUGCCAAAAUAGUUGUUGAUAGUGUACCGUCAGACUUGAUACCUCUUCAAGAUGUGCAAGCACGUCUUAAAUGCUCAAGUUGCGAUCCGCUCGCCAUGCUGUAAAAAAUGGUUCGACUGCGCAGAGUGCCACCACGAGCAGGAGUCGCAUCAGCUGCAGCAGAGCCUAGAGAUGACGUUCGCCUGCAAAAAGUGCAAGAAGUGCUUCCGCAAGGACGCCCAGGAGUUCGAAGAGGCCGACGAGUACUGCCCCCACUGCGAUAACCACUUCGUCAUCGACGCCGUCGUGCCGAAGCCCGCUUUAACGGUCGAAGGCGAGGACGCGCGGAUGGACAACCGUAUGCUCAAGGACGAGCGGGUAAAAGGAAAUCAGAACAGGACUAUCUUCGACAUUCAGAGCGAUGCGGAUAAGCUCGGCUGAACAAGGGGACCCAGGUUAUAAUAGAAAAUUACGACGAGCAUGAUUCUGGGUUGCAGAGCGAUGCAUUUAUAUGAUACCACACAUUUAGACUUCUAGGACAACAGAAUGGGACCAGGAGACGGAGGACGAUGCAUGCUUCUGGGCGGGUAGUGUACAAAUAAUGACAU